AUGGGAAACUUUCACAUCUGCAAGAGAUAUACACUCGGUUGCAUGGUCGGUUUCACUGCAAAUGUCACCAAUAUCCCCAUAUAUGCCCACCUGAGAAUUGAAGAGAUUGUUAAGUCAAGAAUUGUGUAUGAUGUCAGUUAUCACCUCACGCAAGCUAGGAUCUACGAUUAUGAAAACGAAGUCGAAAUUGCCAUUGGAGAGGCCGUGAAUUUGACCCAAGAAACCACUGGGAUGACAUUUAAGCUAUCAUACAAAAGGACCAAGAGCACGUGUUGGAAUGAUGCCAAAACCAUGUCUAUCAAGUCUGGCGGCGUUAAAACAACCAUGCAAGCUGGUGUUCCGGUAAUUGGAGACGACGAAAAGCUUGUAAUUAGUUCAAAUGAGUUUACGAGUGGAUCAACAAUAUUUAAGUGGGGAGAAGUUGAGACAUGGGAAACUCCAGUGCAGAGCGUGUGCAGAGUUGACGUGCCGGCAAUGACUAAGUUGAAUGUGAGUCUUGUGGCGAAUAAAGCUUCAUAUGAAGUUCCAUUUAACUAUUCUCGCCGCGACACUCGUACCAACGGUCAAAUAAGCAACGACAACGACAUGGAUGAUGGCAUUUACAUUGGGUUCAAUUUCUAUAACUUCAAGUACAACAUCAAGCAAAAAAAUCUGUGA